UAAUUAAUAUUCAUGAGGAAAGCCCCAAGUCAGUCGGGUUUGUGCUCAGGUGAACAGUGGAUUCUUGCCACCAAGCAGCAAAAAUGCCUUGACAGGACAUUAAAUAAGGGAGAAAUUACCUGUUUGGACUGGCAGAGAUGCCAAAAUUCCAAAACACGGUCCAUUAAACAAAACAAUCAUUGGAAAUGGAAGAAAAUCAACUUCAUCAUCGAAACUAGUCGGUUUCAAAGUAGUCAACUCACCUGAAAGUACCGAGACUACAGGAACAUCAAAGCACCCCAGCAAAGAUGGCAGACGACCGCAUAGCCAUCUUAACUGAUGAUGAAGAAGAGCUGAAAAGGAGACACCUUGAGCGCUUUGACCGUCUGUCGCUUGAGAUUCAAUCAGAUCAACCAUCCCAACCAUCUGAGAACAAUGUGCCUAAUGAUACGGCACCAACUCCAUCACCUCAACACAACAUGGGCUGCUGCGAAAGAUUGUGCCUACGGGUCAACCGCCGCCUCCUUGUGUCAAAAGUGUUUUAUUUAUUCUUCUAUGCUGCAUAUGGUUCCCUCCAUCCACUUCUUGCUCUGUUCUACAAGCAGCUGGGGAUGAAUCCCACCCAAAGUGGUCUCCUAGUGGGAAUCCGAUAUUUCAUUGAGUUCUGUAGUGCCCCUUUUUGGGGCAUUGUUGCAGAUCGCUACAGGAAAGGUAAAGCGGUCUUAUUGUUCUCAAUGUUAUGUUGGCUCUUCUUCAAUUCUGGGAUUGGCUUUGUGCAGCCUCCAGAUAUGAAGUGUAAAGAGAACCUCCCGACGACCACAACAAUGGCAACAACCGUCAAUCCUACCACAUCUAACGAGACAUUGUACCUCAACACCAGUUCUAUCCUAACAACAAAUCAGAUGAGACAGCGCAGGGAUCUGUACGGACACUACCCUUGGCGAACGAUCCUCUUGUCUGUUCAGUCUUCAGACUACAGCUCUGAACACCGGUUCAAACGGGAUUCCAACACGAGUUUCACUGUGGCAUCAGAUGAACCAGCUAACACGACAGAAUCUGACCAAACCACGACCACGCGGCCUGAGCCAAGUACAUCCUUCUCAACGUCAACCCCCAACAACACAAACACAACGUCCAGUAGCACUACUCAAAGUACCACAUUGAAACCAAAUCUGCCGCCUCCUGAAUAUAACAUGGACCAGGUUCAUGACAUUUUCCUGUUGAUUCUGCUCGUCAUCAUCGUUGGCGAGUUUUUCAGCGCUCCAGCUAUUACAAUCGUAGAUACGGUGACGCUCCAGUACCUGGGUCCGCACCGUGACCGCUACGGUCUCCAGCGAAUGUGGGGAUCUCUAGGCUGGGGUAUCGCCAUGCUCUGCGUCGGCAUCUGGAUCGACCACACUAGCACCAACCUUGUCAUUGGCAAAAUGGAAUGCGUCAUGGAAAAUUACAAGGACUACCGUAUUGCCUUCAUCGUGUUUGGAGUAUUAAUGGCAGUUGCUCUGAUCAUUGCCACUCAGUUUAAGUUUAAUGUUUCGCACCAAGGCAACAGUGAAGAAAACGAGGUUGGCAACCAGCCUAGAGGAUCCCCUGGAAUGGCUAACUCCGAGAUCUCAACAAUUGUCCAAGCUGAGGAGUUCCACUUCUGGGACUUGAUGAGACUGCUGUGCGGCGUACAGUACGGCACUGUGUUAUUCGUUGCCUGGUUCAUGGGCUUCGGCUAUGGGUUUGUUUUUACUUUCCUUUACUGGCAUUUACAGGACCUGACAGGAACCACAACUCUGUUUGGUGUUUGCUCUGUGCUGAGUCACGUGUCGGAGCUUGCUGCCUAUUUCACCAGCCAUAAAUUCAUUGAACUGGUGGGGCACAUCAGAGUUUUGUACAUCGGCCUGGCCUGCAACACGGCACGCUACCUGUAUAUCUCAUACCUGGAGAAUGCCUGGACUGUGCUGCCCAUGGAAGUGCUACAAGGAAUAACGCACGCGUCUGUUUGGGCGUCGUGUAUCUCGUAUUUGAGCGCGGCCGUACCUCCGGCGCUUCGGACGUCAGCUCAGGGUAUCCUGCAGGGUCUCCACCUCGGCCUGGGCAGGGGCUGCGGGGCCAUGGUCGGCGGUAUAUUCGUCAACUACUUUGGUGCUGCCAAAACGUUCAGAGUGAUAGGAAUGACCUCACUUGUAAUUUUGCUCUUAUUUUCAUUAAUUAUGUACAUUACUGGCCAGAAUGAGAAAAAAGAGGACAAGAUGCUAGCAGAGAACAUUCCUAUCCCGUUCAGUCCUGUUCCCAUAGCGACCAUCCACCUGGUUCAGAACACCCCAGACGUGGUGGCACCAACUCGACCCGAGCCCAAAUUUCCAGCUCGGAAAACGAGGCACCAGGAAGACCAGGAGGAUCUGAACAAGCCUGCUUGGGUUCCCUCCGGGUCGCCGUGGGUUUCAGUCGUUCUACUGUUUUACCAAAUCAGAGAGAUGGUCAUCAUGGCAAAGACACACCACCCUGUUGAUGUCCAGCCCCUUCAGGACACAGAUGAGGUCCUCUCAGACUCUCGAGAAGAUGACCUAUCACCUGCAGUCUUUAGCAAUGCUUUGCGGCAGGAAAGCUUUCCUAGCGCUCUCCAGUCCCAGGAGGACCCCGGGCCCCCAGGGGCCACUGCACAGCUGGAAUUCCCACCACAGUCUGUAUUACAACCUGUGAGCUAGAGCUGAUGCCACAAACUGACUCAGUAACCCGCGGGUAUUUUCUUUUCACACUGACUUCAUUUUGUUUUCUUUGUGAAGUUUUUUUAUGAACUACUUGGGGAAAUACAAGGAAGAUGAAUGUACUUCGCUGUAUAAGUGCCUUUGUAUGAUUUUUAACUUAUUUCCAGUUGUUUUGCUCAAGCUUUAAAUAAAACCUGGCAGGUUUUAAUCCGUAA